AUGGAUCCCCAAAGACGUAUCCUGAAGGCUAAAUAUGGAGGCAGAGCCCCUGGGACCCUUAUCUCAAACUCCUCUGACAGGGAGUCCAUCCUGAACAUCCUCCAGGUUCUCGGAGAUCUGCUUUCUGUUGGCACUGACCGAAGGAUUCGCUACAUGAUCAGUAAGGGUGGAAGUGAGGCCCUUCUGCAGACCCUGGUGGACACAGCGAGGGCAGCCUCUCCAGACUAUGAUGUCCUCCUGCCCCUGUUCCGGCUGCUGGCCAAAGUUGGCCUACGAGAUAAAAAGUUUGGACAGAAGGCACUGGAGUUGGAAGCACUUGAUGUGACAUUAAUUCUGGCCAGGAAGAACCUGUCUCACAGUCAGAACCUCCUCCACUGUCUCUGGGCUCUGCGUGUGUUCUCCUCCAGUGUCACCACAGGAGCCAUGCUGGGAAUUAAUGGAGCAAUGGAACUUCUUUUCAAGGUCAUCACCCCUUACACCCAGAAGCGCACCCGAAUAAUCAGGGCCGCCACCGAAGUUCUGGCAGCAUUGCUGAAAUCCAAGUCUAACAGCCGCAGGGCUGUGAACAGAGGCUACGUCACCAGCUUGCUCAGGCUGCAUCAGGACUGGCACGGCCAUGACACAGCCAAUACCUAUGUGCUGAUCCGCCGGACGCUUCUGCUCUGCCUCAAGCACAUUGCCAACCUCCGGUCUGGCAGGGAGGCCUUCCUGGCAGCUCAGGGCAUGGAGAUCCUCUUCAGCACCACACAGAACUGCCUGGAUGACAGAAGUUUGGAACCCAUCGUCUCCGUUGUAGUUCAGAUCCUGAGACAGUGCUACCCAAAGAGCCCACUUCCCUUGGUCACAGCCACCAGUGCCUACGCCUUCCCAGUCCCUGGGAGCAUCCCUUCCGAACCUCCGUGUGUUCUAACUGAAGAGGAUUUUGAAGAUGACGCUGAUGAAGUGGAUAAAGAUUCAGAUUCUGAAGAGGUGAAAGACCAAGAUGAUGAUUUGGAAACAGAUGUGAACAAGCUGAGUUCCAAACCUGGUCUUGACCGACCUGAGGAGGAACUGAUGCAGUACGAGGCAAUGUGUCUUGAGCUCUCCUGCAGCUUCGAGGAACUCAAGUCUCAAUCUGGAGAUGAUUUGAAGUUUGAAGAGACUCAGUAUGCCAAUCAUCACCACAUUCCAACUGUCGCCUCCCCAAAGUGGCAUGGUUUGAAUAAGGACCAAAGUUCUUGGAAGCAAGGAAGAGAAGACAUGGUCCAGACUUCCCUUCUGAGCAAGGUGAAGAUGAGGAGGUCCACCAUGCAUCCAGCCUCCAGAAAAGGACCUGGGAUGAACCCAUGCCAAAACAUGCAAUCCAAUCGAUUUGGGAUAGAUUCUUCUGGAAAAGAAAUCCCUGACAUUCAAGCUUCCCUCAAACAGGAUGCUUGGGACAUAGAUGUUAUUUCCUGCCCAAUGAUUAGUGCCUCCUUUUCCAAUUCCACUAGGCCUAGAGAAACUGAUGAAGUAAUAGAUAAGCUUCUGCAGACACAUCCCAAGCCUGUCCCCUUCCAUGACCCCUGUCUCUAUAUGGCCAAAGCAAGAAGAACCAGAUCUGUGGCCGACUUCAAGACGAUGGCAUUUCCUGACCUCUGGGGACAUCGUCCACCACCCUCUGCCCAGUCGAUGUUGGAACGCAAAUGUGGAAUCCAAAGGAUCAAGAUAUUUGAGGAUGUCCGGAGGCUCAUCCAGCCAACUGAUAUUAUAAAUAAAGUCGUCUUCAGUUUAGAUGAGCCUUGGCCUUUGCAAGACACUGCUUCCGAUUGCUUGCGGUUCUACUCCAAGUUUGAGUCAGGAAAUCUCCGCAAAGCCAUCCAAGUGCGUGAGCUGGAAUAUGACUUGCUGGUCAACGCUGAUGUGAAUAGCAGCCAACAUCAACAGUGGUUCUACUUCAAGGUGAGCGGCAUGAGAGCUGCUGUUCCGUACCGCUUCAACGUCAUCAACUGUGAGAAGCCCAACAGCCAGUUUAAUUACGGAAUGCAGCCAACUCUGUAUUCUGUGAAGGAGGCUCUUCUUGGCAGACCCACCUGGAUACGGAUGGGCUAUGAAAUCUGCUAUUACAAAAAUCAUUAUCGCCAGAGCACUGCUGUCACAGGGGGAGCAUCUCAGAAGCAUUUUUAUACCCUCACCUUUGUGGUCAACUUCCCCCACAAUGAGGACGCCUGCUACCUGGCCUACCACUAUCCCUACACCUAUACUGCCCUCAUGACUCACCUUGACAUCCUGGAAAAAAGCGUGAACCCCAAGCAAGUAUACUUCCGCCAGGAUGUUCUCUGCCAGACUCUGGGAGGGAAUUCAUGUCCAUUGGUGACCAUCACAGCCAUGCCCGAGUCCGAUAGUGCUGACCACCUGGAACAGUUCCGGCAGCGUCCAUGCCAGGUGAUCACGGCCCGAGUGCACCCAGGAGAAAGCAAUGCCAGCUGGGUGAUGAAGGGGGCCUUGGAAUUCCUGGUCAGCAGUGACCCUGUGGCUACACUCCUGAGGGAAAACUUCAUUUUCAAGGUCAUCCCCAUGCUCAAUCCCGAUGGUGUCAUCAAUGGCAAUCACAGAUGCUCACUGAAAGGGGAGGAUUUGAACAGACAAUGGCUCUCUCCCAGUGCCCAUCUCCAGCCAACAAUCUACCAUGCCAAAGGACUCCUGUACUACCUGAGCAGUAUUGGCCGAAGUCCCAGGGUCUUCUGUGAUUUUCAUGGCCACUCUCAAAAGAAGAAUGUAUUCCUUUAUGGUUGUAGCAUCAAGGAGACCUUGUGGCAAGCAGAGUCCGCUAUGGGCACAUCUACUGUCUUGGAAGAUGUCAGCUACAGGACUCUUCCCAAAAUCCUUGAUAAGCUAGCUCCAGCAUUCACGAUGAGCAGCUGCAGUUUCCUCGUGGAGAAAUCCCGAGCCUCCACAGCCCGGGUGGUGGUGUGGAGAGAGAUGGGGGUGUCCAGAAGUUACACAAUGGAGAGCAGCUACUGUGGCUGCAACCAGGGGCCCUAUCAGGGUCUACAGUUUGGAACCAGUGAACUGGAGGAGAUGGGAGCCAUGUUCUGUUUGGGUCUCCUCAUCUUGGAACUAAAAUCUGUAAGCUGUAGUCAUCAGCUCCUGACCUGUGCAGCAACUCUCCUGAAUGCUGAGGAAGAGGCUCUGGACCACCACCUCCAGCGCAUAAUUCUGCAUGUGUGGCCAUUAGAUACGAACGGGAUACCAGCAUACUGCCCAGACUGAUUGCUCCAAAAUGGAUUCCCAAAGCGGCAGCGGAGCAGACCAGACGGGGAGCUAGAAGCGAAAUAAAAAGUGAAACCUGAAAUUAAAAACACGUCAAAAUCCAUCAGUUUGGUAUGGUUGAAAUAUAUUCUUACCUAGUGGGAACUGAUUGCCCUUGAGGGUGUCUCAAAUCUCUUUCCAGCCCUGCACUUUGAUGCUUUAAGAUCCUGAGCUGGGAGAUAAUUGGCUGAAUAUUUUGCCUUUGAUUUGGAAUUUCUAACCCUCCACCCAGUCCUGUAUGCUGUUGCUACAAUGUUUAUUUUCUGACCCGGCCACUUGCACCUACUUCAUGAUACUGUUGGGUACUUUCC